CUGACCAGCCGUCCGGCGCAUAUCGAAGGCGACUUGACAGUGUGUCCUCUGCAGUUCUGUGUCUCCAUGGCCGCCGCCCGCUGGCUCCCUGUCCAAAGUAUCUCUUCCUUGCAUUACUUUAUUUAAAUCCCCGUCUCGAAGCACGUGCCUUUAAUAUAGGAAUUCCGAGUCCGGAAUCGAUCAUUAACAUUGCGCUUCUUAAUUCCCCUUUUUGUUUGGAAAGUUGCAUUAUUUUCUUGAGUUUCUUGCAAUUUCAAUGCACCCCUGGCGUCUGCGGUGAACCGGUUUGCCAAGUCGAUGCUGAACAUGACGGAGGAACGCGGGCAGGGAGCGGCGGAUCCGGGCUGCAGCCCAGCUUGCAGCGGCUCCGACAGCGAGUCAGUGGGAUCGCCCGGCUCGGUGUCCGACGGUGAGACUCAGCCGGAGGACUGCGGCCGCUCGCUGCCCGCCGCCGUAGCCGGCAAGAAGAUGGGCGGAGAGGAGGACGAGCGUUUCCCGGCCUGUAUCCGAGAGGCCGUCAGUCAAGUGCUGAAGGGUUACGACUGGACUCUGGUGCCCAUGCCCGUGAGGAUAAACGGCACUUCCAAGAACAAGCCCCACGUUAAGAGACCAAUGAACGCCUUCAUGGUGUGGGCUCAGGCUGCCCGGCGCAAACUGGCGGACCAGUACCCGCACCUUCACAACGCCGAACUCAGCAAAACUCUGGGCAAACUCUGGCGCUUGCUGAGCGAGAGUGAGAAACGUCCCUUUGUGGAAGAGGCCGAACGCCUGCGGGUGCAGCACAAGAAGGACCACCCCGACUACAAGUACCAACCCCGCCGCAGGAAGAGCGUGAAGAACGGGCCGGCCGACUCUGACCAGGGCGCCGAGCAGAGCCAGCUGGCCGUCGGCCAGGUGUUCAAGGACGGCCUGUCGGCAGGGAGGGGGGUCUCCGACGGCCACCACCCGCCCGACCACACAGGCCAUGCACAAGGGCCCCCAACACCACCCACCACUCCCAAAACCGACCUCCACACGGGGAAGCACGAGCUGAAAAGGGAGGGCCGUUCCAUGCCGGAGAAUGGCCGCCAGAACAUUGACUUCAGCAACGUGGACAUCAGUGAGCUGAGCAGCGAGGUCAUCAACAACAUGGAGACCUUUGACGUCCACGAGUUUGACCAGUACCUACCGCUGAAUGGCCACACAGUGCCUCUCUCCUCUGACCACAGCCACGGACCGAACACGGCCGGCUCGUACAGUGCUUCCUACCUAACCAGCAGCAGCACAGCCCAAGUCAUCUGGAACCAUAAGAGUGCCUCAUCUUCAUCGUCCUCUUCAUCAGUCUCCAGUGAACCAAGUCAGCAUAGGCCUCACAUUAAGACCGAACAACUGAGCCCAAGCCACUACAAUGACCAACAUCAUGGCUCUUCACCUCAAACCGAUUAUAGUUCCUACAGCAACCAGGGUUGCAGUCCUGUCAAUGCUACUGCUGCUGCCUUUCCUGGCUCCCAAUGUGACUAUUCUGAUGUCCAAGGUCCCAAUUACUACAACCCUUACUCUGGAUACCCUUCAACCAUCUACCAGUACCCUUAUUUUCAUUCAUCUCGCCGUCCUUAUGCGUCACCCCUUCUGAAUAGUCUGUCCAUUCCUCCAGCCCACAGCCCAACCAACUGGGACCAGCCAGUCUACACAACCCUGACCAGGCCGUAGGACGUCAUC